AUGGCAAACCUGCCGGCCCAACAUCCGAGCCUCGCUCUCCACCUCGUGGAUCGUUCCCUCACGCCACUGAUCACAUCUGCUCAGAACCAGCAACAAGCACAGACUUUGGUAGGCUUGUCACAAACAGCUUUAGGAGCUCACGAGACAGCACAACGCCUGGGCCUGGGGCUUCCCCAGCGGAUAAUGGUCGAACAUGCAUCUAAUGGACCCAUCUUGCUCCAAUCAUUUCUGAACCCUGGUUCAGCGCAGCCGGCCCCGGAGGGACAGAGCUCUGUCAAUGGCCAGAGGACGAGGGGCACAACUGCCCAAGAUUCCACUGGUCAUGAUCAAUUUUCUACUCUGCUCGCCGAAUCUGAAGCAACUGAGGCAGAGGACGUCAAUGCACCACCGCUGCUGAUAAGUACCGUCAUUGCCCCAACCUCAGACGCUGUAUUGGAGUCGAGACGAGCAGCCGCACGUCUAGAGCGAGUGGGUAGAGAGGUCCAAACAAAAUGGGCCGAGUUACAGAAUCCAGACGGCCUUGACGGCAAGUAG